AUGACAAAACCUGUACUGUCUGAUCGACUCGCGAGAUGGUACCUCCAGUUCCAACAAUUCGAAAUUAUUUAUGUACAUGCGAAGGCUGUCAAAGGACAAAUAUUGGUAGACUUUUUAGCCGAUCACCCCAUACCUGCCGAGUGGGAGUUGACUGAUGAGCUCCUCGAUGAAGAAGUGUUUAUGGUCAAAUCCCGGUGGUCGAUGUAUUUCGCUGGAGCUGCUCACUGUAAUAGAGCUGGUGCGGGAAUUGUCUUUUAUACUUCUGAAACAGAUAUAUUGCCAUACUCUUUUACUUUAACACACCGGUGUUCAAACAAUGUGGCUGAAUAUCAGGCGUUGAUUCUCGGUCUUGAAACGGUUGUAGAUAUGAAACAGUUGCAUCUUAGAGUCUAUGGUGAUUCAAAAUUGGUGGUAAAUCAACUUCUUGGUAUUUAUGAUGUCAAGAAACCUGAAUUGAUCCCAUAUUAUAAGUAUGCAAGACAACUCAUGGGAUAUUUAGAUAAUGUCACUAUAGAACAUAUCCCUAGAAAUUUCAACCAACAAGCUGACUCCUUGGCAAGGGAGGAUUGGCGUCACCUCAUCAUUGAUUAUCUUAAUCAUGAAAAAUUACCAGAAGAUCCUAAGAAAAGGGUUGAUAUAUGUCGUCGAGCGUCACGUUUCAUUUAUUACAAAGGGACGCUUUACCGAAGAUCAUUCAAUGGGGUGUUUCUACGAUAUCUUGGAGAAGAUGAGACCAUGCAAGUAAUGGAGGAGGCUCACUGCGGGAUAUGUGAUGCUCACCAGUCUGGCCCGAAAUUAUACUUUUACAUUAAAAGAAUGGGAUACUACUGGUCAACAAUGGUGAAGGACUGCAUUGACUUUGUUAGAAGAUGUCAAGUUUGUCAAUUCUAUGGCAAUUUCAUCCAUCAAUCUCCUGAACCAUUGCACCCAACUGUGGCUUCUUGGCCGUUCGAUGCUUGGGGUUUGGAUAUAGUUGGACCACUUCCAAAGUCUUCUGGUGGACACAUUUUCAUUUUGGUGGCGACAGAUUACUUUUCAAAGUGGGCUGAAAGCGGUUCCUCUAAGAGAGCAACCCCAUACGCGCUUGUUUACGGUGUUGAAGCUGUUCUUCCACUUGAGUGUCAAAUACCUUCGCUAAGAAUCGCAAUUCAAGAAGGGCUCAGUGAAGAAGAUAAUGUUCGUUUUCACCUUGAGGAGUUAGAAGCACUUGACGAAAAGAGAUUGAAAACUCAGCAACGGAUUGAGUGCUAUUAG